AAGGCGUUUGGGGAUUUUACUCGAGAAUCUAUCGCCGCGUUGUGUUUUUUGCUCUCCACCAGAUUUUCAUCGUUGUUUUCCUAGCAAUUUUCCCAAAUUAACCGCGCGAUGGGGGAAAGCGAUGCCGAGAGUGAUUCCAGCAGCAGUUCCAGCAGCAGCGGGACUUCCAGUGGCAGCGACAGCGACGCCUCGAGCGACUCCUCGUCCUCCUCGAGCAGCGGCCGGGAGAAAGAGGAAGCAGCGCAGAAGAAAUCCGCCAAAGAUGCGAAUAAAACUGAUAAAAAGGACUACGAGGCGGAUAGCGAUAAGAGAAGAGAAGCUAAUAGGGACGAGGAUCCGACUUCCCAGCGAAAAACUCCAGUGGAAAGCGAGCCCGAUCAAAUUUCCCAUUCUGCUGGCGUGGAAAAGCGGCAAGAAGAAGCAGCAGCUGUCGCGUCGGAAACAGAGAAAUUAAAUGAAGCGGAAAAAGAAAAAAAACCUGAAGUAGAAACACCUGUCCAACGACAAGAGGAAGCAGAAGCCACAGGUGUGACUAAAGAGCUGGAAACACCGAAGGCCCAAGAAGAGCACACCGAAAAAGAAGCAGAUGAGCGGGGAAAUGUGGAAGAGCAGCCGGUGACCACCAAUGGAAGUGCUGGAAUCAGCAAGGAAUCGGCAGAGGAAACAGCAGCCGUUACAGUGGAACCUCCCAAAGCGGAGAACCACAUCGAAGAGGGCGAAAUUACGGACAAAGACGAUGAUGACGUGCCGCCUGCUAAGGUGAAUGAAAAAUCCGCCGCCAUCAAGGGGAGUCCAAUCCAAGAGACCAGCCGCCAACGAAGCCGCAGCCAGGAUGAAAAGCGCCUUCGGCCACGAUCUUCGAGCAGAAGUCCUUCGCCCCGCAGCCGUCAACGUCGUCGCUCGAGGAGCAGAAACAGUAGAACCCGCAGCGGCAGUGGCAGUCCCAUCCGGCGCAGGUCUAACUCCCUGGAGAGAAGGCGACUGGAGCGACAGAGACGUCAUGAGGAGCGGGAUAAGCGCGAUGAGGAAAGGGCCAAGGAGCGGAAGAAGCGCCACCAAAAGCGGGGCAAAUCCGGCAGCAGGCGUAGAGAUGAUUCCAGGGAAAGGAAGAGGUCAUCUGAUCGCAAACGAGAUCGUUCCACCUCUAGCCCGGGAUCUAAGUCUUCCAAAACAGCUCGCCAUCCUGAACCAAGUAAUGCAGACAACGAAACCGUCACCGAGCCUGCUGCCAAAAUCACAGAGCGUCAAAGGAAGACUGUAGAUGUGUUGACAUCCCGCACGGGAGGAGCCUAUAUUCCACCCGCCAAGCUGCGUUUGAUGCAGUCGCAGAUCACGGAUAAAGCCUCCGCUGCCUAUCAGAGAAUCGCCUGGGAGGCCCUCAAGAAAUCCAUCCACGGUUACAUCAACAAAGUGAAUGUAACCAAUAUAGCGAUCAUCACCAGGGAGCUUUUAAGAGAGAAUAUCGUCAGGGGUAGGGGUUUGCUCAGCAGGAGUAUUAUCCAAGCACAGGCCGCUUCGCCCACCUUCACCCAUGUGUAUGCGGCUCUGGUGAGCAUUAUAAACUCAAAGUUUCCGAAUAUAGGAGAGCUGCUGCUCAAACGUCUGGUCAUCCAAUUUCGUAGGGCGUUCCGCCGUAAUGAUAAGUUGGUAUGCAUGUCGGCCACCAGAUUCAUUGGACACCUGGUCAACCAGCGGGUGGCCCAUGAAAUUCUGGCCCUAGAGAUCCUCACCCUGCUGGUGGAAACGCCUACGGAUGACUCGGUGGAGGUGGCCAUCGCUUUUCUCAAGGAGUGCGGCAUGAAACUGACUGAGGUUUCCUCCAAAGGCAUUGGGGCCAUUUUCGAGAUGCUUAGGAACAUCCUGCAUGAGGGAAAGUUGGACAAGCGGGUGCAGUACAUGAUCGAGGUGCUGUUCCAGGUGCGAAAGGAUGGCUUCAAGGAUCAUCAGGCUGUCGUAUCGGAGCUGGAACUUGUGGAGGAGGACGAUCAGUUCACGCAUCUGAUGAUGCUAGACGAGGCCACCGAAACGGAGGAUAUAUUGAAUGUUUUUAAAUUUGACGACAACUAUGCGGAGAACGAAGACAAAUACAAAGGUCUUAGUCGCGAGAUCUUAGGCAGCGAUGAUGGAAGUAGUUCGGGGUCAGGUUCCGGAUCGGAUUCGGAUAGCGAUUCGGACGGAGAGUCCGGUUCAGAUGCGGAAAACCAAAAGAAAACCGAAGGUGGAGAUAUCAUCGACAACACUGAAACCAAUCUGAUUGCCCUGCGACGCACCAUUUACUUAACGAUUAACUCCAGCUUGGAUUAUGAAGAGUGUGCCCACAAGCUGAUGAAAAUGCAAUUGAAACCCGGCCAGGAAAUAGAACUCUGCCACAUGUUUCUCGAUUGCUGUGCAGAGCAGAGAACAUACGAAAAGUUCUAUGGACUACUGGCCCAACGGUUCUGCAACAUUAACAAGAUCUAUAUACCGCCUUUUGAGGAGAUCUUCAAGGACACGUAUCAAACCACCCACAGAUUGGAUACGAAUCGCCUGAGAAACGUCAGCAAGUUCUUCGCCCAUCUCCUAUUUACAGACGCCAUCAGUUGGGAUGUGCUGGAGUGCAUUCAACUGAACGAGGAUGAUACCACGUCCUCAAGCAGGAUAUUUAUCAAAAUCCUAUUUCAGGAGCUGGCUGAGUACAUGGGAUUGGGCAAACUGAAUACAAAGCUCAAAGAAGAUGUGUUGGUCGAAAGCCUGGCUGGUUUGUUUCCCAAGGAUAACCCCAGGAACACCCGCUUCUCUAUUAAUUUCUUCACCUCCAUUGGCUUGGGUGGUCUGACGGAUGAUUUGAGAAGAUUCCUUAAGAAUGCCCCCAAGGCUGUGCCCGCAAUAAAUGCCGAAAUCCUGGCCAACUCCGGAGGGAAUCCUUUUAGAGAUGGCUCUGCUCCCGCUGCAAAUUCAAAGACAGGCCCACCUUCGGCCUCCUCUUCGUCAUCGUCAUCUUCGGACUCCAGCAGCGAAGACUCCAGUGAAGAAGACAAAUCCAGCUCCGAAUCUUCUAGUGAAUCCUCAAGUUCCGACUCCAGCUCAGAGCCCCAGAAGAAACGCAAGCGUAAGGACAAGGGUAGAAAUAAAUCGAAAAAAGAAAGUAAGGAGAAGACCAAAAAGGCCAAGAACAAAAAGGCCGAAAAGAAAAAAAAGGCGGAGAAAGAACGGAAAAAGGAAAAACUGAAAGCAGAAAAGGAGAGGGAGAAGGAGAAGCAAAGGGAGAGGGAAAGGGAAAGACAGAAGGAAAAUGAUAAGGAGAAAAAGCGCGAGAAAGAGAAACAGAAGGCAGCCAAAAAGAAAUCAAAGCGCAAGAGGAAACGUCAGGAGAGCUCAAGUUCCAGCAGCAGCGAAGAUGGCGAAAAGUCCUCCUCCGAAUCUUCUUCGUCCAGUUCUUCCAGCGAAGAAAGUGAUGCGGAACCUCAGGCGAAGAUUAAGCGCCAGGAGCAGAUUCAACGAAACAACAAAUUCCGAGGACAACCGCAAGAUAGUGAUGAAUUCAACUUGGAAGGUCCUGAGUCCAGAGAAUCGCAUCGCUAUCAGUCCAAUGGAAAUGGUCAAAGGCGCAGGGAUAACUCCAUUGACAGAGUAAGAAACCGGGAGAAUUCUUCCUACGGCAGAGAGAGAAACCGGGAUAAUUCUUCAUACGAUAGAGAAAGAAACCGGAAUAAUUCUUCAGACAGAGAACGAAGGGUCCCAAAUUUCAUUUCCCAUGACAGACAACGAAAGCGAGAUAGAUCUCUUUCCCAUGAGCAACCACAUAGAAGGGAGAAUUCUUCCCCUCGCGAGAGGCGCGUUGAAAAGAACAGUCGAAGUGAAAUGGAAGGCAGGCGAGGUGACCGUUCGUCCAGAGAUGACCGCGGCGAAAGGUCAGAUCGUGGAGAGAGGUCAGAUCGCAGUGGCCGUGAAAAGGAAAGUGAUCGCGGCAAGGACCGUGAACGUGACAGAGAACGGGAUCACAGGAGCCAACGGGAACGUGAAAAAGUUCGUGACCGGGAACGCGGUCAAUCCGGUGACCGGGACCGAUCCCGUGAUCGCUCGCGAAGAGAGCGCAGUUCACACCGAUCCAAGGGGCGUGGCUAAACUUGCAGACUGGAGACCGAGACAGACAAAGAUUUGUUUUGAAUAUUUUACUUUAACAAGUGUACAAAGAAAACCCCACUAAGCUGAUAAAACAAAAAUAAAUGUACAAAAUGCAAAUGUCGAAAAUAA